UGAGGCGCAGUAGAGGAUGGAAAGCCAGGAUCAUAGUGUUUCUAGCGCCACCACCGCGGGCGGCUCCUCCGGCGGCUCUCCGCUGAGAGUCGACUGGCCUACCGUUGACGGCCCGCUGGGGCUGUCGGAGCAGGACUCAAUUGGAUACGCCCGUAGGUUCUUCAAGUUCGGAUUUUUGCUUCUCCCAUGGCUUUGGGCCGUCAAUUGCUUCUACUUCUGGCCUGUCCUUCGCCGCCCCACUUCUCACUUCAAUCCAGAUCUCCGUCGCUAUGUAGUUGGAUCAGCUAUCGGAUUCACAGUGUUCACCGCUAUUCUUUGUUCAUGGGCUAUUACCUUUGCUGUCGGAGGAGAGCAACUAUUCGGGAAUGUUUGGAAUGAGCUGGUAAUGUACAAUGUCGCUGAAAAAUAUGGAUUGACGGGCUGGAUGUAAAUACUGCACUUGCGUCUAAACUACAUGAAUGGAGUCUCACUUGCUUUCCUGAAUGAUCCAGACUAUUAACUGUUUAGUUGUUUUGGCAUCUGCUUAAUUUUGCCGUUUUCAACAUGGGAAAAUUGUGUUCAUCGGCUGUAUUCAUGAUCCCUACCCACUUGCCUCAGUUUUUUAUUAAGUUUCAGAUGAAUUCUCAUUCUGCUGUGUUUUGCUAUAAAUAGUUUAUCAUUAUAUUCA